AUGUCGAAUAUACCGCUAGUACGUCGCGCUAUUGUGGGUGCCUCUCUGGCCCAUACUCCAGUGGAAAUGCAAUUAGUAAACCAAGUUCAAGAAGAUCAGUGGACUCCAGCGGCUUUGGAGAGAGCUGGGUCUACUCUUAAGGCUCUGAACCGUAUGGCUAAAAGACCACCCGUAAAUAUACUCUUCGAAGAUGUUUGUUAUACUGUCAGUUCUAAAAAAGUUGAAUUACUUCUACAUACAUCUAAUAGCCGAGGAGUUCUUGCAUUAAGCUCACCCUUACCAGUCACGUAUUCCUUAGUACCUUCCUUCCCACUUCAUACAUGUAAUGAAUAA